AUGACAUUUAAAAUAACUUAUUAUCGACAAUUAUGUAUUUUUAUACUACUUAUUAUUAGCAUCGCCUUAAUCUUGCCUAUUAAUCAAUCAAAUUCAUUUUUGUUGUCAAUUCGUAGAUCCAAUUAUACAAGAUAUCCUUUAUUGAACAAUAAUGAACAAUAUUCAACAACUGUUGUAAUAGCAUAUUUUCCAUUGAGUAAAUCUAAACAUAGUAAAGCUGAGUAUCAAUCAUGGCUUGAAAAUCUAUUAGGAUUUUGUCAAUCACCUAUGAUUAUAUAUACAUCAAUUGAAUAUCAACCCAUUCUACAACAACUUCGUCGGAAUAAUUCAUUAAGAACUCAUUUUAUUGUGGAAUAUAAUUCAUCGCUUGAAAUGCCACCAGUAAAAAAACUUGUUCCUAUCUUUGAGCAACAAUAUCUCACUGAUCCUGAACGUGCAUAUCAUUCUGUUGAAUUGUAUGCUGUAUGGUGUGCUAAAUCUUUUAUACUCAAUCAAAGUGUCGAACUUAAUCCUUUUCAAACAAAAUAUUUUCUCUAUAUGGAUGCUGGAGCUUUUCGAUCUUCUAAUUAUCGUUUUGAACGGUGGCCAUACGAACCUUCAAUUCAUUCAAUACUUGCUAAUAACAGACUUCUUCUCGGCAUGAUUUCUCCACUUUCUCGUCAGUUUUGUCCACUAUCAUAUACUGUAAACAAAGAUCCCAUUCAAGAUGAUCUUAUUGAAGGUACUGUAAUUGGUGGUACGAGUGAUGUUAUUCACUGGUGGACAUCAAUGUACUAUGAAACUAUUAAUAAUUAUAUUUCAAAGAAUUUUUUCAUUGGAAAAGAUCAGUAUUUAAUGAAUGCAAUUGCACUUACAUAUCCUCAUCGAAUCAAUAUGAUGCUUUCAUUUCGUACGUCUUGUGGUGAUGUAUGGUUUGCUUUCGGACCAUUACUAGCAAAUCAAGCUGAGAAACAAAGAUUGGCUUUUUCUAUGACUUGUCAACAUCAGAAUUUAUCUGAAGUUAUCAUACCUUUUGAAAAUAUUUGCAAUGAUUCUAGAAAUAUUAUAUAA